UGUAAAAUUAAAUAAUUAUUAUAAUAAUAAAAUUAAAUCACGUUUAAUUUUCAUUUGAGUUUUUAAAUUCCUACUGAGUCAUUUAAAAAGCUAAAAAGUUGGUUAAAAAUGGAUAGAAAUAAUCUUAGAUUAAAGUUAUUUAAUGAUUUCAUUAUGAGUAAAAAUCACAUUACUAAUUUUGCAGUGCAAGGAUGUCCUAUUCGUGAAAGUAAGUGUUGAUGUUAAUAUUCUAUUAUUUGAAUAACUUCAUAACUAAUCUGCGUAUACCUACAACUAUGAUGUACAAUGUGUUUACUAAUGAUAUUUUAUUUGCCAAUAUCUGCUUAUUAGAUGUGUUAGUUUAUUUAAACGAGUUUACUUUUAAUGAUACAUCACUUGAAGAAGAUAUGAUACUUUUGACUAAUGCGGAGAAUGAAAAUAACUACAAAAUUAAAAUUAAAAUUGAAGAUUUUGCCGAGUUAUUGGUACCCAAAUUUACAAAUAAAGAAUUCAAGUCUCAUUUUCGUGUUAACAGAAGUAGUAUUGAGGUUGUGAUGACAUUUAUUGGUCCUGCUUUGUCUCAAAAAUCUAUAAAAAUAAAUGUCGAAAAACAGAUACUAAUAUUUAUAUGGUAUAUGGCAAAUUGUGAAACACAUAGGUGA